GGCGCCCAGCAGGCCGACGUCGGCGACCUGCUCAGCCUCUCGCAGGCGGACGUGGUCGUCAACCGCUCCGUGCCGCCCGAGCUCCAGCAGCCUAACGCAAGUGGACACGCCGCAGGUGGAGAUGGCAACGCCUUUGAGGAUCGACCUGGCCUCUGGUGCCGCGGCCGCUGCCGGCUCUGGGGGAGAUGCCGCCGCCCCGGGCGAGGAUACGCUCGGGAGGCAUCUCCAGUGGGUCUCACGCGCCAGGCGCGUCGGCGCGGGGACGCAGCUGCACCCCUGCUGGGUGCCCGAGUGGCACCGGCUGCGGGAGCCGCUCGUCGGCGGCUGCUGCGCGUGCCUGGCCCUGGCGGGCGUGCUGUGCUCCGCGGGGGGCAUCGGCGGCGGCGGCGUCUACGUGUCCGUGCUAAUGGCCGUGGGGGGCCUGCCCAUUCCCCCGAGCGGUCGUGUUCGUCGGAGCGGUCUCGUCCACGCUCCUGAACGUUGCGGCAGGGCCCAGAGGGCAGGCUCGCGGGAGGUGCCUCAUAGACUUCGGCGUGUGCCGCAUCGUGGUGCCCGCGGCCCUGGCGGGCACGUUCGUGGGCGUGCUUCUGAAUAAUGGGCUGCUUCCCGCCUGGGUCAUUCACGGUUUGCUCACGGCCGUCCUGGUCGGCAUCACGGCCGUCGUGGGGAGGACAACGGUGCGGCAGUACCGGGAGGAGGAGGAGAAGUUGCUGGCGGCCUCGUCCUGCUGGCCAGAUGGAAAGACGGCCCUGGUGCAGGGCGAGCUCCGUUUGGACGGCAUGUGCGGCGGCGCGGGCACGAAGCGAGACAGAGCCACUCCCACCGAUUUUGUCUCCUCCCUGGUGCUGCUCAUCAUUGUGGUUGCGUCCAGCGUCGUGAGGCAUCACGCAGCUCAAUGCCGCUCGUCAUUGGUUCUGAACGGAGGCGUCGGCGCAAUCGAUGGUUGCAACCACCCAGCGGUGUCCUGGCUGGGGUCCAGCACUCUUCGGACUUGGAUGUCGGAUGACGCAACAGCUUAUAUUUUAAGCAGCUCUGCAUCUCUCGUACCUCUUGCCUUGUGUCUGGCUUGCGUCGCAAAUUACAGUGGCUCUCUUGUCAGGUACGAAGGGUGGUCCGCAAGGACGGUCUUGAAAUACGACGUCAUGGCUUUCGUCACAGGCGCUCUUGCUGGCAUGGUUGGCAUCGGCGGGGGCCUGAUCUUUUCGCCGUUCUUCAUCACGAUGGGCAUGGACCCCUCCACGGCGGUGGCAACGUCCACGACGUGCGUACUCUUCACCUCCUCCUCGACCACGCUGCAGUACCUGCUGACGGACCGCAUCAUCGUGUCGCUGACGGUGGUCUACGGCCUGGUGAGCAUGGCCGCCUCGCGCGCGGGAACGAGGUGCGUCCACGCCCUGCAGGAGCGGCACGCGGCGCGCGGGUCCUACGUCUCCCUGAUCGUGGCCGCGGGCGUCCUCGUGAGCGCCGUGCUCGCCGCCGCGAAGCUGGCGGAGGGCCUGCUGCACCCCGAGGCGCUGGCGCUGGCGCACCUGUGAGGCGCUGCACCGGGGCGGCCAGGCACCCCCCCGCGAAGGUCGCGCGAAGCUCGCGCGCGCGCGCGCGCGGGCUGCGACGGGCCGCUCGCCGCGCCGCGCCGCGCCGCGCCGCGCCGCUCGUCGCGCAGCCAGCGCGGAGCCAGCGCGCGGCGAGCCGCGGCCCUCGCCUUUGGAGGGCGCCCGAGCGGCGCGGAGGCCCGCGGCGCACGAAAGGCGCCC